UGUAGUCUCCCUUUUAACCUUUCUAUUGUUUCUUUCUAGACUUCUCGUGAAGAACUAUUUUUUUUUUUCUAUUUCUCGUGACUCUUUUUUAGUGUUUUACUUUUUAUCACCACACAAAAAGAGUCAUAUUGAACUCAAAUUUUGAAACAACAAAGAGAAGAAAAAUAUUGCCCAUGGCUCAGCAAAUACAUGUUGUAGUUUUAUUCAUGUUGGCUUGUUUGUUCACAACUUCAUAUUCUUAUCAAUUUACUGUUGGUGGUAAAGAUGGUUGGGUCCUUAACCCUUCUGUUGAUUACAACACUUGGUCUCAGCAUAUGAGAUUUAUAAUCAACGACUCUGUUCUGUUUAAGUAUAAGCAGGGAGCAGAUUCUGUGUUGGAGGUGAGUAAGGAUGAUUAUGAUAAGUGCAAUACUGGAAAUCCAAUUAAGAAAAUGGAGGAUGGAAACUCGAUUUUCACGUUGGAUCGGUCUGGUCCUUUUUACUUUAUCAGUGGGAACAAAGAUAACUGUGAUAAAGGCCAAAAGUUGCAAAUUGUUGUGAUUUCUGCUAGGAAUCAAGGUAAACCACCACAAACUCCGGCACCGGCAGUUGCUCCACCUACUCCUUCUGGAGGCUCAACUCCGGCAGCUGCUCCGUCUAAAGGAUCGGGUACACCGUCGGCACCUUCAGCUAACGCUCCGGCGGGAUCAUCUAAACCGGGUGCAUCGUCACCUAAUGGGGCACCGGUAUCUACUCCUGCAGGUAAAUCACCAACCUCAUCACCUACACCUUCCGGUUCAACCGCAUCUCCACCAUCUCCUGCGACCGUAACUCCGGCAAUGUCUCCGGUAGCAAAUGGACCGUCAACUAGUACACCAGGUUCUUCUUCACCUGUAGCAGGCGGACCAUCGUCAGGAAGCGGUAUUGCACCGUCGGCAGGCGGACCAUCUGGAAGCGCUAUUGCACCGGCGGCAGACGGACCAACAGUAAGUAUGUCACCGGGACCAUCGGCAGGAGGACCAUUGGCAGGCGGACCAUCGGAGGGAGCACCGGGAAGUAGUGCUUUAGGUCCCGGCGGCAGCAAUACUCCGGCGGACAUCAAUACGCCAGCUGGCGCACCAGAAAACCCAAAUUCAUUUGCAGUGAAGGCAUUUACUCCAUCAGUUGUACUUGUGUCAGCCGUUUCACUCGUUUUAACUGUGACUUUGGCAGAAUUUAUUAUUUUACCUUAGGGUAAAAUUAUUAGAUAUUAUAUUUAAUUUGUGUUUUUUCUUUUUUUUUUACUGUAUUUUGUUUUUAAUUUCUUGAAUAAUUCGGAGAUUAUUGGCGUGUUUUUAGAUAUACAAUAGAUGUAUUUAAUUUUUAUUUUUUUGCUUUUAAUUUUUGUGGGUGAGACUUAAAAUUUGAAUUUAUGUAUACCAGUUUAAUUCUGGUUUUUGUUUU